AUGUGGGCGAAUUGUUUUGCUGAAAAAGAGUCUUCUGCUGGUAAUAUGUACGUGGAUUCCUGCAGCGUUGUUAUACCUGGUGAAAAUAGCUUCAUAUAUGCUGUGCAGACCUUAAAUAGAAAUAAUUGGGCAUCGCGUCAUACCUUGGGUAAUAGGAUACGUCCGUUAAGUGAUCAAAUCUGUAUGACAUAUGCUGGUUACCAUGCCCUAGGCUGGCAGAUAUGGGAAUCAGCCAAAAAGGAAUGUGCUGCUUAUAGUCAUGGUACAAGAGCUGUAAGCGUAGCUCACAUUACUUCCUAUACUGCCGGUCUGCUUGCUGAUAUCAAGAGCCAGACAUACAGCAAGAUAAUAAUAGCUGGUUUUGAUGAGAAAGGAUCUCAUAUUUAUAAAAUUAGUAAGGCCGGAGUCGAGAGAAGCAUGAGUCCAUGUAUUAUAGGCUUUAAUGAAGAUGUGGUACAUCAAUACUUAGAUGAGAAAUACAAAGUCGUUCAAAUGUGUGAUGACAAGACCUUAAUUAAGCUAAGCAUGAUGUGUCUAGCUAAUCAAAAAAUAAGUUUUGCCAAGUGUACAGUCUCCACUCAUGUAAGGGGUGAGUUUUUGCGUGACUUGCCUGAUGAAGAAGUUAUGAAAAUUAUGAAUGGCUCAGACGGAAAAGAUGGUUGCGCAAAUGGUGGUACCUCAAUAGGUGAUUUCGGAAAAGAUGGCUUCGGAAAAGAUAGUUUCGCAAAAAGUGGUUUCGGAAUAUGUGAUUUUGGAAAAAAUGGUUUCGCACACGAUAGUUUCGUAAAAGGUGGUUUCGGAAGCGGUGAUUUUGGAAAAGGUGAUUUCGCAAAAGAUGAUUCCACAAAAGAUGCUUUCGCAAAAGGUGGUUUCGCUUUAAAGAAAUAG